CGUAGCCCUACGUCCCGUAACGGAUACUGCGCAGCUAAUGUGCGCAGCGACAAAGACAGCGAGACCUGUGGGGAAGGAAUAAAAAAAAGAAAUUCAGUACCGUCGCCCUCUGUGUGCUUUAAGACCAUCGUUAUCUGAAGAGGUCGCUGCCCCGGGACUUCGGGAAAGAAAACCGAAAAUUUGUGGGCGACGAGGUGCGGGUUUUUUUUUUUUUGAUUCAACCGUGAGGUGCUGAACUCGUUUUUCUGAAGACUGAGGCAACGGGAGGAUUUUUCCGUUGGACGGUAAGGCUGAGCUACAGCGAGGGAGCCGCCAUGGCAGUCGGAUCAUUGAGCCUCCACAUCGGGAUAUGAAGAGGAACCGCAUGUGUCAAGAAAACACCGCAUUCACCUGGAGCAGACAUCCUCACAGCUUGUUUUCAUAUUUAUGAAAAUAAUUCCACGUUGAAAUAGAAAUCUCAGUCGGUUUUAAUCGGGGAGGGGGCCACAGGGAGAGGCCAGAUUCAUGACUAUUUUAGUCGGAGACGUGUCUUCAAAGGCCCGCUGAGAGAAAACCCUGGAGCACACGGAAGAAACGAUGCUCUGAUUGUAGGGACAGAAAGAAACGGGUUCUUUUAGAAGGUGUUGGAGGAUCUUGGACUUCGCUUUCUGCCUAACCCUUUCUCUUUUAAUUUUUAAUUUUUUUUUUACUGGUAUUCAUUUUUCUGCCAUCCUUUUUUGUUGGAUGAGAAGGUCCGGCGGAUCGAUCUGCCCGUCUGCCGUUCAGUGAGUGAGUCUCCAGUCUCCGAGUCGAGAGAGAACCAAAAGGGGGGGUUUGGAUCAUGUCGGGUCGGCCCAGGACCACAUCCUUCGCAGAGAGCUGCAAACCAGUGCCGCAGCCCUCUGCAUUUGGCAGCAUGAAAGUCAGCAGGGAUAAAGAUGGCAGCAAGGUAACAACAGUCGUGGCCACUCCAGGCCAAGGCCCCGACCGGCCACAGGAAGUGAGCUACACGGACACCAAGGUCAUCGGCAACGGCUCGUUUGGCGUCGUCUACCAGGCUAAGCUGUGCGACUCUGGAGAGCUGGUGGCGAUCAAGAAGGUUCUGCAAGACAAGAGGUUCAAGAACCGCGAGCUGCAGAUCAUGAGGAAGUUGGACCACUGCAACAUCGUCCGCCUGCGCUACUUCUUCUACUCCAGUGGAGAUAAGAAAGAUGAAGUGUAUCUAAAUCUGGUUCUGGAUUAUGUUCCUGAGACCGUCUACAGAGUGGCCAGACACUACAGCCGAGCCAAACAGACUCUGCCCAUGGUUUACGUCAAGCUGUACAUGUACCAGCUGUUCAGGAGCCUGGCGUACAUCCAUUCGUUUGGGAUCUGUCAUCGGGACAUCAAGCCUCAGAAUCUGCUGCUGGAUCCAGAGACCGCCGUGCUCAAGCUCUGUGACUUUGGCAGUGCUAAGCAGCUGGUCCGAGGAGAGCCCAACGUGUCGUACAUCUGCUCUCGUUACUAUCGAGCUCCUGAGCUCAUCUUCGGUGCGACCGACUACACCUCCAGUAUAGACGUGUGGUCAGCUGGCUGUGUGCUGGCAGAGCUGUUGCUAGGACAACCAAUCUUCCCCGGUGACAGCGGCGUGGAUCAAUUGGUAGAAAUUAUCAAGGUUCUUGGCACCCCGACUCGAGAGCAAAUCAGGGAGAUGAACCCCAACUACACCGAGUUCAAGUUCCCCCAGAUUAAGGCACAUCCUUGGACUAAGGUGAGUCAACAGGUGUUCAGGCCGCGCACGCCUCCGGAGGCCAUCGCUCUGUGUUCCCGCCUCCUGGAGUACACGCCCACGGCCCGCCUCACUCCUCUAGAGGCCUGCGCACACUCCUUCUUCGACGAGCUGCGCGACCCCAACGUCAAACUGCCCAACGGGAGAGAGAAGCCCUCGCUUUUCAAUUUCACCACCCAGGAGUUAUCCAGUAAUCCCUCUCUGGCCUCCAUACUCAUCCCUGCCCACGCCCGCAGUCAGGCCGCAGCCUCCACCCCAACCAACGCAUCUGCCACCACAGAUGGCAGCAGCACAGAGCGAGGUCCCAGCACCACCACCGCCUCCGCCUCAGCCUCCAACUCCACCUCUUGAGUCCGCAGACCGCCCACCACACCCGCCCCGGUCUCAGCCCCAGCCCCCAAAGGCCUCUCCAUUGCCCCCGGGCGGGGGGGGUGGGGGGGGGCUGAGCUCCGCUCCGCUCAGCGCUGCUCUGCCCUGCUCCGCUCCCUGACACAGCAGCGGAGCGAUGCUGAUGCAGUCCGGGUUCAACAGCUAGCCAACAGCCCCACGCCACGACCAUAAACCAAGCCCCCCUCAUCUGUCCCUUUUUACCCCCCCCCCCCCCCCCCCAUCCGACUGGCUCCUUUUCAUCCAGCUGUUUGAACUCUACUCCAUCCCUCUGCGCCCUCUCGACGGGGAAGUGAAGCGCAGGGCCCGAGGUGUCGUCGACUGUACUCUUGAUUAAAGUACACUGUACAUGUAUACACAAUGCUAGCCUGCUAAUGUUUGUAAGAGGACAAUCUGUAGAAAAAGUCCUAAGCUGUCCCCCCACCCCCACUCCCCACCCCCCCAGCCGUCUCUUUCCCUUUCCUCCUCCAUUUUUCUGCAAACUCAUCCUUUGAUCUCAGACCCCCGCGUCCCCCCCACUCUUCACCUCGCCCCCUUCAGGGGUAUCCUCCUCCUGUAGUGCAUGGCCUGAGUAUGGUUAGGAUCACCCGGGGGGGUCUCCCGCCCUCUCAACUCUACUUCCACAGACAAGGCAUGAGGCUCACGCACGGGUAUACACACACACACACUCAUAAACACACACACACACACACACACACAUGGAUGCAUGAUGACCCUGAUGUAUGUGGAAAGAAGUAGUCCCACUGACGACGAGGGGGGGGGGUUAGAGGUGGGGGUAAAGUUUUUUUUUUUUCUUCUUUGCCUGGGGUUGUUUUUUAAACGGUUAGCUGCCGUUUUACUCGACCUUAUCUUAAAGUUUAGUUUUUUUUACUCCCCAGGCAGAUGUUUUUGUUUCUUUCUUGGAUUGCCAUGUUCGAUGGAUGUGACAUGUAUCUUGGUCCUGUGUGCUUGUAUAAUAUAUACAUACAAUACAAAACAAACACGCAUUCAUACACAGUUUAUAUAUUACUUUUCCUUAUGUAUAAAAAGUAUAUAUAUAGAUAUAUGUAUAUUAACUACAAUGGUUCAGAAAUCAUUUAUGGUGAGCUCAUAUCCGGCAGAGCAGCGGCAAUAUUUGCUGCUGCCUAAAGACAAUAGAUUUAUAGAAGGUGGUGUUUUUGUUUCUGCUGGAGUGUGUUUAGAUUCCAGCACUCUCUCUCUCUCCCUCUCCUCCUGUGUUGUCUGUAAUAUGGCUGUAGAUGGAUUUAGGGCAUUGCUCUAUUCUCUGUCUUUGUACCGCAGUGUUUCUGUGACAGUGCAGCGUCUAGACAAACGUCUUCCCCCUCUCUCUUUCCGUCUCUGAUUUUUCACUUUUUUUCUUUUCCUCGACAUCCCCGAGAAGUUUUCGACGGCAGCGGCGGGGUCUUUCAUUCGUCGUCGUCGACUCUCUCUCUCGCGUCGUUGUGACCACUGACUGAAGUGUUAGGCUUAGCCUCCUCCUUCCUGCUCCACCUGCCGCACAUAGAGCCACUCGGUACAGUCUGUCGAAAGGGUCUUAUUUAACACAGGAUACUCAACGUCUAGAAAAAAGAAAUGAAAAGAAGAAAAAAAGCUGAAUUUGUAUAUAUACAGUAUAAAUGCUCCUCACCAAAAUUCUGACUUCUAUGUUUUUUUUUUUUUGUUGUUUUUUCCAUGUUGUGUUCAAGGUAUGUUGUAUAUAUGCAGACCCGUGUACUGUUUAUGAGCAAAAACAAAGAUGAGAAAGUGUAGGGGGAAAAAGUAAAACAAUAAAAAAAAAAAAAAGAGAAUCAGGACAAAAACUGAUGUUGAUGGAUAUUGUAGAUGAUGAGCUUUAUCCAGCCAUAUGUUCAAUCUUACCUGUACAGUACAGUAGAUGACAGCUGUAUUAUUGUAACAAGAACUAGUCAUGUAUAGUGUAACUAUAGUUUGGAGUGCCUUUGCUUUCAUACACCUUCGCCUUGUUUCCCUCCCUCACCCCCCCUGCCAUCAAACCUCCACCCUCCUCCCCCUCCCCCCCGCCUUUAAACUGUGACUCUCCCUUUGGUGCUGUUGAAUGUCCUGCUGUCUCGAGACACGCUCUCCCCCCCUCUUUUCUCUUUUUCAUUGCACACUUCAAUGUCUGUAAACUACAGACUUUGUUCAUUGGAAGGAUAUUCUCCUUUAUCUGUUGAUUUCAGAUGUUUAAAUCUUAAGACACAAGUGCGCGCACAAACAUGUAAAACACAACAGUCCUGGCACGGACUCCGGGGGAAUGAAGUGGGUCGGGUAGCGGGAGAUGUUUUAGAUGGCAGCAGGGUUUUUCUAAACACCUCAUGUACUGUUUAUAUAUAUCUAUAUAUAUAUAUAUAUAUAAUACAGUAUGGUUUCUGUAUUACUCAGUGUUGGUUCUGUUACCAAAGCCAAACUAAGAUGUAGUCGUGAUGAGCCAUCCUCAGAGGCAGCUCCUUGUCUCUCUUAACUUGCCCCCCCCUCCCCCCGUCUGUGUAUUCAGGUGGAUCUUCAGUAGCACCUAAGGGGGUCCGAGUCAUGUAGCCUCUUGUCCCGUUUCCGGCUUGCUGUAAUUUUUGCAUUCAUGAACGUGUUGCUACCACCAGACAGUUAAGACCACCUCACCUCACCCCGACCCCAGAUUCCAGUUCAAUAAAAACACAACAAAGUUACCAAAAAAAAGAAGGCAAACAAGUAUAUAUGCUAGUGUGACAUUUAACACUAGCAUAUAUAUGCUAACUGGGGGUUAAAUAAAAAGAAAAAUCACAGAAAAUACUACGAAAAACAUCCUGUGUAACAGUACUACUACUUGAAUGCCUCUGUUUGUGACUGAAUUUAUUUUUCUUUUCUUUUUGUUUGUUUUGUUCUGUGAAGGUAUGCUAAAUGUGCACCUCUGUAAAUAUUCCCUCUGCGUGCUCUGAGGAAUAGUUCCCUGGUACUGUAAUUUGCAUUAAAUAAAGAGUAGGAUAGCCUGGAAAUGAUCAA